AUGUCUGGACUCGCAGAGGCGUUCACGGAAAACGAUGAGGCAAUUAAACAUCUCCUAAGACAGGUUGUGUACAUGUUCUACCCUCAUCAGGCCAUCAUUAUUAUGGAGGCCCUACUUUUCCAUAAUGUCUUGUUUGAAGACGAUCUUAUCAAGUUGUGCUGCAUGCACAAGAAGGUGUUCAGGUCCUUCUGCAAUAAGCUCCUAGAAGAUAAACUCGUGGUACAGCACACGCAGAAGGAGGAGACCCAGCCAUAUAAACUUUAUUCUCGAACUUACUUUUAUAUCCAUAAUAUUGAAGCGAUUGAUUCGAUCAAAUGGAAGAUCCAUACCAUCGUGAAGAAAGUCAAGGAGGAAAUUGGGAAUUUCAACGAACCAAGUGGUUAUAUCUGCCCCUCUUGUCAUAGUAAAUAUUCCUUACUUGAUGCAGCUUCAAUGUUAAGUGAUGAUAAACUCAAUUUCGAAUGUUCCAUUUGUAACGAUUAUUUAGUCGAAGAUGAUAUCUCCCAGGAACAAAAGAAGGGCCAGGAAAAACUAGAGAAAUUGAUGUCCCUCUUAGAACCAAUUAUCAAGUACCUCAAGAUUGUCGACGACUUGAAAAUAGACGACAACAAUUUCGAAUCCACCUUGAUGAAAUACGUCCCUGCAUUCUCCGAUUCCUUGGCCCUCUAUUCCGUGUCCAAUAGAAACGGAUCCUCCCACUCUAGGAGGAGAAACAAAGACAAUGAUGACGCUAAUGAGACAAACAACAAAUCCCAAGCUACCAUCCAUGUCUCCAUUACGGCCGAUGAUGAAGACCUUAAACGUGAGAGACAAAAGAGAGAAGACCGGAACAGGAAACUUAGGCAAAAUGCCCUACCUUCUUGGCAUCAGGAGUCGACAGUGGGGAAGGAAUCUUUGGGGAGGUUGGAUUCAGAAGAGGAGGACAAUUCACCUCUCACCGUCAAAUCAGAAUUCGAUUCUUCAACAGCUGUUAAUGGAACCGGCGUUGAUUCGUCAAUCUCAACACCUAAUGGCGGCAUGAAUGGCGGCACCUUGGUGGAACCAGUAGCUGUUAAGGUUGAAGAAUCCAUGGGCCAUUCUAGCAAUAGUAACCACAGUUUCAAUGCCACAACCAGUAGCAAUUCUCUGUCCAUAGGUACCUCCAAUAAAAACCUAAGGCCAUCCUCGUCGGUGAAUGUCUCCUCGAAUGGCACCACAGUGGAGGAACUCGACGCCUUGUCUGCAUACUAUUCCCAACUACGCCAGCGACAGGCUGUUGAACAGGAGGAGGAGGACGAGGCCGACGAACUUGAAGCAGAUGGUAUGGGCGAGGACUUUGAUCUCGACGACAUGGAUGUUUUCAAUGACAAUGAGAAUGACAAUGAAGACGACAAAGCGGCGCCCGGAACAGACAAUGGAGGCAGUGGUGGCAGGGCUAAUGAGGAUAUCGAAACACAGGAAAAGAAAAAUGGUUCUAAUUUACAAGACACUGCUGCUGCCUCAACCGGAGCUGGUUCGGCAUCUGCUGGUGCUAAUAAAACUACAAGUGCCGCUAUAAAUGAAGAUAUCGACGAAGACGACUUUGAUUUGGAUAUGUUUGCAAGUGAUGAAGAAUAA